GUGUUAAUUACAUUUUAUCCAUUCAAAUCAACAUUUUGUCAUUGUUCAUUUCUUAUUAGUUGUUUUGACAGUUUUGAAAAAAUAUGAACAAAAUAUUGGUGAUAACAUGAGUUGUCCAGAAAUUAAUUGAGAUAUUAGCGCCUGGCGUUAGCUUCUAUUCAGCUGCUUGAAAAUAUCUCACUAUAAUGUCUGGAUACGUCACAUAAUCAAUUUUUCAUUUAUCACAGAUUCUUCUGCGCCUCUUUCUCCCGAUUAACAGAAAAAAAUUUAAACAGUGAUAGUAAACAAUAUAAACUACAUUGAGAUAAGCCGGUUGUACGAUAUUUAUAGUUAACACUGUUUUUGUGAUUGAUAAUAUGUCAUCGACCAUAACAUGUAUGUGUGUGUUUUGUAAUCGUUGUUAUAUUGAAAGAAAAAAAAAACAGAUGAUUGAAAUAGUUGAUGCCUGUUGUGCUGGUGCGUUUAUAUGCAGUAUCACGAUGUUUUUAGACGCAAAAACAAUUUUUAAACUCUCGGCUACGAUUCAUUUGAUAUUUAAACGAUUAAUUUAAAGCGUUAUGUUAAAUUGCUUUUAGUUUGGUAUUUUCGUUUGAAUACUGGACAUUUAUUUUUUUUUUGAAACUCGAUCAACGGGAGUGCCGUUUCACUAUGAACAAUUGAUUUUAUAAACCAUUGUUCAUUCAGUUGGAAAGUGAUCUCAUCAAAACUACAUGUUUUAAAAUAAAACUUUAAAUAAACCGAAUAGUUCGAGUUGAGUGGUUGUGAAAAGAAUUUGCAGCAGAAAAAUGGAGAGCGAUGCUUUAAAUUACAAAUCUUCCAGAAAAAUAAUUGGCUAUAUGGGAAUAGCAUUUAGUUUCGCAUUGAUCACGUUUUUCGGAUAUUUAUUUAUACUCUUGAAUUUGAACGCUAUUCUAAUGCUUUUGAUUUUUUUUUCAAAUUUGAUCGCGUCUUUCUUCUGGUUUAAUGGAAAUGAAAUGAAAAAGACGGAAAUAAUACUUUCAAUAUUAGUUUUGUGGGGAUUUGAAUUGAAUUUGUGGACCAGUGUUAUCUUUCGAUGGCUUUGGACAUGCGUUGGAAAACGUGAAAAUGAUGUUAAUCUAACAGAGUCUUUCAUAUUCACCUCUACGUUGUGUUUCGUGAUAAUUUACAUGUUUUUUGUAAUGAGCUACGUUUCUCUAAAAGAGAUGAUUAAGAAGAAAACGGUGACAUCGAGUUUUGGAUGGAAAACUACCGCAAUCGCAUCGGCAUGGCUGAUAACAGCCUUGAUUUCAGCUCAAACGAUGGACUAUUUGAACUUUAAUUCUGUUUGGAAUUUCGAUAGGUUUGGCUCACUUUUGGUUUUUUGCUUUAGCUUGACAGCAUCCAUCACAUUAUUGUGGUUGUUUUUAUGCGGUAUCAUCAACAAUAAAGUUGAAUAUAUGCUAACUUCGGUGAUAUUUUGGACGAUUUCAUUGGUCAUUUGGGUGAUUUAUCUAUUUUACAAUCUCGAUCAUUUAAAAUCCAUCCAUGGCUCUGAAACACAUAGUCUAUACACUUCAUAUUAUAUAGGAACAGCUUUUUACUUGGUUGUGUAUAUUGCCAUUGUUAUGAGUUACAUUUCAAUGAAAAAAUCCAUUCAAAAUCGACAAUUUAAUGUGACGUAUAUGGUUGCACCUAGCGACAACAAUGGAUUCACCGCAUAAAACGUGCAAUUUUGAGUGAAUUCAAUUUAAUCGGGAUAAAUAUCUCAUUUUAAAGCAAAUUGAAUAUUGUUUUUAAACUAAAAAUUCACUUCGACACAUUUAAUACAAACAGUCUAGUCUUUCGUAAAAAAAGAUGCUAAUUAGUUGACAUUGAAAAAUUGUUGUAAAUUUAAUUUUUUUUUGCUGCAAAAACUACAUUUUUCCUUUGACACUUGCUUAUUGGAAAUUGCACUUUGAAAUUGCUUUCGGUUAAUAGAAUUGUUUUCCGUCUUUAUUUUAGUAUGUGCAUUGUGACAAUGCCAUUGUCCAAGCAGUCGCUCCCUUAGUUUAUAUUUAUUAAGGAAUUUUCUUCUUUCUAUUUUCUCAUUUUAGAUCAUUCUUGUUGCGUUAAUAAAUUCAUAAUCCGUUACAAUAUAAACAACUAAA